AUAGGUCAAAUGAUAUUGAAUGAUUGUAUUCUUAAGCAACAAUUCAUUUUAUUUAUUUUUUGUUUAUUACAUUGUCGACUUGAUGCUUCAAUCAGAAAAGUUUUGAGCGUCUGAAGGAUAUUUAUUAAUGGAUAACGUAUUGAUAGCUCAAUCGAUAGCUCAGAGCAAGGAAGGAAAAUCCGAAGUUCUAUCUAAGAAUCCAGUUGGGCCAUCUCAAUUAGCCCAUCAAUUGUUUUUACAAUACAUGGAAACUUUAAGGCCAGAUCAGAAAAAUUACGACGUCAAACUCGAAACGCAAAAAUAUCAUGUUUGGUCAAAGAAUGCCCAGAAAACCUACCACUAGACGCAAGUGGUUCUAAAAGAUAUUUUCCCCUCAGAAUGACACAAAUCAAUACAAAUUUUGUUCUUUCAUCUUCGGAUUAUCACACAUCGAUUCACGUAGUUACACCGUCCACAACGAAGCUGAUGAGGUUACUGUUUUGUCUGUUACAAAGUAUGAAACUUGUUUUUACCAUUGAUAGGGUGGGGUGUUUUGAACCCAGUUAUGAAGGUCUUCAUAGUUCGGCGUUGAAGACAAAAGAACAAAACAAAAGAAAACAAAAUUUUAAAUAAAAACUAAUAUGUAAGAGGGUAUAAAUUCUAAUACACUGAAGAACUGAACUAAAAUGGAUAUUUCGGAACGAAAGCAAAGUAAACCUUACACAAGCCGCCCUGUGUUCCUGGGCAAUUCCACGAUGCAGCUGUUUCUUAACAAAAGAUCCAGCAACUUAGAAACUGGAGAGAAGGAACUUUGCAGUUUCGUCUCCGAGAUGGUGGAGUAUACGAAACCACUUCACCACCGACAGCAAUGCUUUGAAAAACCCGCGGAGGGAAUAUUCGGACCAGGGAUCGAACAGUACGUUUAUCCCGAAGAUCUGCAAAACCUGGAUCUCACGAUGAGCCGAGCUCACAGUGUGCGAGAAUCCAUGUUUGGGCCUGAAAGCAAGUACCCAGUUGAGCAUCUACACAGAGAGGAUGAGAUGUUUCCGGAAAUGCCUGAAGAGAAAGACGUUGUUGAGAUUGUGAAAGAACGACUGGAUCGUUUGAGAAAACCUUACGAACCUGAAGAGGUUGUGGAAGGGGUCGGCGAUGUCUUGAUCUGGUACAAGACAAGCCCGACGGAUGAGACGCUGUUGCUGCUGAGAGCACAUUCCCGAAUGCUGAGCAAGUACUGCAACGCGUUUGAGUCGCUGUUGGAAUCGGAGAUGAGGGACAUGAGUUUACGGGAAUAUCUGGAUCGGCAGUUUCUGCUGACAAGAAAAUUUGAUGAAAGCAGUGUGAGCACAGAGUAUGAGGCGGAGCCUUCGCUUGGACGCUGCAACCUUCGACAUCCCGAGAAACCAGUCGUGGUACCACAAACCGUCGCCGAAGCCUUUCUUGACUUCUGUGAAGCACGAAACAAUGCGUCGUUGCCUCCGCCAUCCGGGUUGCCAGUAUUCACUAGCGAUGAACAGAUACUGCAGCAGAAGAUAUAUCAGGGCGCUACUGACAUCGUGAAAGAAAGCCGCAGGCUAGUUGACGAAAUGCAGAAUUUGGACCUUCCGCUAGAGCUUGGAGAACAGUUUGAGAAAUUCGCUGGAAUUGUGAAACAAUGUAUUCCGGUCACUCCAGACACUGGAGAAUCAGAUCACAAACCCGAAGAAGAGGAAAGGACUUCAGAGCCUUAUCAACGAACGAUCCGCAUCAGUUUCGCCGAUUGUGCUCCCCCAGGAUGGGAAAGACCCUCGGAGCGAGACAGUGUCAUAAAUCCCCGUCGAAGCACGUUAUCAAGGCGUGACAGUCAUGCCUAUGCAGCCCUUCAGGACGACACCCUUGUGAAAGAUGGAAAGGCGAUUCGAGCCAGUGAAGCUGAAUCUAUGCUGGUGGGUGGAGUGUUACCGGAAGAACACCGGCCCGAUCCAGCUUCCGAUGCAAAUCUAACGACAGAAAGUUGGACGCGGGGAAGCCUUCGAAAAGGGAGUAAACUACGCGAAAGUUUGCUGCGUGGAAUGCUCAUUGGGUCACAAAUUGACGCUUCAAAGGAAGAAGUAGAACCCAACGUAGGCAAAGCGGAGGAAGAACUAGUCGAAGAAAGAACACACGAAGAACGGACGUUCUUCGCGGAUUUCCUCGACACAUUGCCAUCCACGCCCUCCGACUCAGAACCCACAAUCGAGCCUCCGAAGCCACCUCCCACGUACGGUCUCAAAAAGACCGGAUGGGCGGCCUGCGGAGUCCACGCCGUGAUGGAAUACAUGUACACAGAGCGGUGCCACAUCCCGUGCGCCGACCUCCCUCACGUGUUCCACGUCGCAAACGAGCUUCUCCUCACCGACAUCACCGAAGCCAUCACACUGAUCCCGCUGGUUUCGUGCCUUCGCACUGCGCUGAUGUCGGAGGCGAACCGAGCGGCUCUGCUGGAAUUGUGCAUCCUUGGCGAUUCCGCGGAACGUCCAGAUUUGAGAACACUUAAGAAGAUGUGCGAGUCGUUUGAAUAUGGUUCCUGCUUGGAGCGGUUGCCGUAUACCUUCACUCUGCACACCGGCUACAUUGUCGGUAGAAAGUACGAAUUCCUCGAGGAAGGCUUCUUCGAAUAUGACCUCAUUAAGGUAAACGUGCUGCGGAUUCCUCAACCUACGAUGAAAGUGUUCAAUAGAAUAGUUGAGCAGGCGCACCAUUUUGUUAUUACCAAACCACAUUCGGAAUGGGUUGAUACGAAAGCUAGAAUUGAUCCCUCCACGCAUAAUCCCCAUAAGCUCAACAUGAGCAUAAAUAGAAACCGGGAUAAAGGAUGGUUCAUAACUGUAUUCGGACCAAACAUUGCGGAGGAGUGUUACAAUUUCUACAAACACAUUCAAAACUGGACUCAUAAGCCCAUGCAGUUGGAAACUUUCAGUAUCCGGAUGUGCAUGGGUUUUCUUGUUUGUCCAAUCAUGCAAACUUUAAUUGCUAAGUCUUUUCCAAAAGAAGUGAAAGUGGAAGAAGUUAGAGGAGGUGGCCAUUUCAUUGGGGGAGAGAUACAUGGAAAUUCGUUGAUCUUUUCUGGAAAGCCACAUCAUUUGUUAGCGGCUGCAAUAGCCAUCCCUCCAAAUUUCAUGGGAAGAACAUCUUUUCGAGUUUCUUUUCCUUCGAAGCCAACCUUCAUCAAAAUCUUUUCCGUGGCUCAAAAGUUUGGAGUGGAUCUUGAGAUGAAUUGUGUCUAUUUACUGAAGAAUCUGACAAACAUCAUUCACGCUCUUGAAUUUUUCAUCAACGUUUCUGAUGAAGCAUUUAUCCCUUGGGAUGUGCCUCGAGAGAUCAUAGAGCUAGUCGCACCUUCUGACCCAUUCUAGAUGCUGUGAAAUCGAACUUUGGAAUUGUUAAUUUUUCUAUCGAUUAUUUUGAUUUCUUUACUUGAAUGUAGGGGAAAAUUUUGUUCGAAGAACUAGUGUUUAGUUUGCAUCAUUCUGUAUAUGCGACACCAAAUGAUCUGUAAAAAAACUUUUAAACACUCGAACUAAUUUUACAAAAUAAUAGUCAGAGAUACAUAAUUUAUAUAUUAGAAUUGAGUAGUAAGUUUUGAUUGCUUCACAGCCUCUUUGUUGUGUCUGUUGAUGCUGUUCACUGUCUAUCGAAAUGGCUAUCGUAAUUCUGAAUACAACUUGAGGAAGCUCCUCAGAGUAUUUAUGCUACGUGCUACGUGUUUAUA